AAAAGUAGGACACUCACAUGUUACAGUUAUUUAUCAUUUCAAUUCAACAUUUACACGUUUACAGUUAACAGUUAACAGUUAAAAACAUUAAACAACACUGAGCACCGGAUCACCAGGAUCAUCAACCAGCCACCAGUCAGCACAAGUUCGCAGUUGCAACUCAACCGCGCCAGCAAAAUUCAUUGUUCAGUGCGAUAAUAAAUACGGCCUUGUUAUCAGUAUCAGUGAAUAUUUUAAUUGUCUAUUUGUCUAUUAAAAAUUCCAUUAGCGUUAUGGCUGAAUUUAUUUAUACGUCUAAAAAUAUGUGAGCACUGGAGAAAUAUUAUUAUUGAAAUAAAAAUAUAAACAAUAACAUGCGUCCAAUAUCAACAUCGCUGAUAAUAAUGUUUAAUUAUUCUUAAAAAUAAAACCUGCAACCAAGACAAAGAUCGAAGAUUGGAGUCUCUGCUGCAGCUGAUUGACUACCCGUAGUUUUAUUGUAUCUAAAAUGGCCAAGACCCUGCCAAAAGACAUCGUCAACUGGACGAACGAAGACGUGAUCAAGUGGCUUGAGGAGUCCGGACAUGGAUCUUGUGCGUUUUACUUCAAGGCUCAUGACAUUGAUGGCAAGUCUCUGCUGACGAUCCGAGAGGAUGAUCUCAAGAGCCAGGGCAUGAAAAUUGAGAAGUUAGGAGAUGUGAAGAGACUUUAUAUCAGUAUUAAGAAAUUACAGAAGGAAAAUAUGGCGGUUUUAUUUGAGCUGGGGCAGCUUGAGUUUACUUCUUCGAAUUUUUAUUCUCAUAAUAGACAAGAGUUACAGAGUUUCAUAUCAAACAACGAGAGCUCAGUAGACCCAGAAUUCUAUUCAGCGUCAGUAUCCGACGACGGACAUGCCUCGCACCUACCUCCAGAAAUAUGGAAAGCAUUUAUCAGCCUGGGCUAUUUGUUCAUAGUGACGUGGAUUACAGCCUUCGUGAUGGUGAUAGUCCACGACAGAGUCCCAGACAUGAAAAAGUACCCGCCAUUGCCAGACAUUUUUCUUGACAAUGUCCCACACAUACCCUGGGCUUUUGAUAUUUGUGAAGUAACUGGGACAUUGUUAUUCGCUAUCUGGCUGAUGGUUCUUAUAUUUCAUAAAUAUAGAUUUAUUCUACUGAGAAGAUUCUUUGCUUUGUCGGGGACAGUGUUCCUGUUAAGAUGCGUGACGAUGUUGAUAACAUCUCUAAGUGUUCCUGGAGCACAUUUACAGUGCCAACCGAGACCGACUCCCGACGACCCUUGGGCGAAAACCGCCUACGGGGAGCUGUAUAAUAAAAUUUCAAUGGCGUACGUCAUCUGGCGAGGGGCUGGGAUGUCUAUUCAGGGAGUUAGAACGUGCGGGGACUAUAUGUUCAGCGGACACACGGUCGCGUUGACGAUGCUUAACUUUUUUAUUACUGAAUAUACGCCUCGCCAACUUUACUUCUUGCACACAUUCACGUGGAUGCUGAACAUGUUCGGUAUAUUCUUCAUCUUAGCAGCCCACGAGCACUAUUCGAUAGACGUGUUCGUAGCAUUCUACAUAACUUCUCGGCUGUUCCUGUACUACCACACGCUAGCGAACAACCAAGCUUUGAUGCAGCGUGACUCCAUAAGAACCAGAGUGUGGUUUCCUCUGUUCAGCUUCUUCGAGUCCUCCGUCGACGGAAUCGUUCCCAACGAGUACGAGUCGCCCUCGAAGAUAAUCUGCAACCUCGCGUGCACGUGCCGCGACAUCGCCAACGCGCUCAGACAAAAAAUAAGUAUUUCUAAUCUCCAACGCACUGUCAACGACAGCACAAAAAAGGGUCUUUGAUAUUGACACUGUGUCUGUUUUAAUCAUUAUAAAUUUUAGAUGUAUCUAGGUAAUUGUAAUUGUUAACGAUCUCUAGGUGAAAUUGUAAUUAUCUUUGCUAUUUUUAUAAGUAACUAUUAAUAAUAAUAAUACAAUAUAAUAUAUUGAAUGAUUAAAUAAUUAAUUUAAUUUUCUAAGAGACUGCAUUAAAACGUGACUGAUGUUUGAUAAAUUCUUCGUAAAAAGAAUAAAAGUGCUCGAAAAUUUUAUUGAAAUCAAUAAAUCUAUAUUUAAAAUUAA